UUUAUAUUUUUUAUAUAUCAAUACCGAAUAACAGACUAGCGCCGACGGACGUAGACUGUGACUUAAACAAUUUGACUAACAGUAAGGACGAUAGACAUAAACACUCGAGCUCUAAUUAUUGUAACAGCACGCAGUGAAAAUAUGCCGAUGCCGAAUCGCAAGUCCAUAGUUUUCUUUAAUCGCGAACAAAUUCGGUCCCAGCUCGUCGCACUCGAUUACAUUCAAGCACGUCGUCUCAAAGGACCGAUUUAUUGCGCACUGGUCAAAGAGCUAUAUGAAGAGGGCUGCAAAAUAGGGGCUAGUCAUCUCAAAAAUUUGGCGGAAAAGGAGAAUUUCUUUUAUGAGACGGAGGUCAUAAGAGAUCGCGUCUGCGAUAACACUGAGCUGUUAAUGGCUUUAUUUGAGAACAUACGAGUUGCGGAGAAUGUGCACAUUUUGGGUAAAAAGCAAAGGUACAAAACAACAGCAAAUUGUCUAUAUCAAAUAAUUCAGUUGGUGGAACCGCAUAAAAUUAAGUUUGGUUGGCUGCUGGAAGAUAUUUAUAGUAUAAUAAUACCAAUUUCCGAACAUAUCGAAGGAAUCAAAGAGCAUAAUGCGGGAGAGGCAAUAGCACGCAUCUAUUUCAAAACUGCAAAAUAUUUCGGCUUGAGUGAAAAUACCUUAAAAAAUGCAAUCAAGUUUAUGGAAAAAGCUAUGAUACUGAGUAGGAAUGAAGAGUGGGUCUCCGAGUUUAAAACGGACCGGGAGUGGGGCAUUUACCCGACGAUGCACUUGGUAACAGGACGUGAGCUUGCUGGAUUAUUGUUGCGCUAUGCAGCGGCUGUAGCCGAACAGGAUCCCAAAGCUGCUGAGGAGUUAACGCACAAAGCUGCAAUAACUCUUGCUGAAAUCGGCGUGGAAAAGAAUAAAUUACAAUAUAUUCAAGCCCUACUAUCGCGUGCAAAAUACAUGCUGCAAUCGGAGGAUUUUGCUGCAACUACUAAAAUAUUGCAAAAAGUACGGACCGAUAUCGAUUUGGAUAACAACGUGACGGAUCCCGAAGUGUUAUUCGAACUAUUUUUAUAUGAGGGAAUAUGCCUGUGGAAUACAAGCGCUAAAAACAAUAACAAUGCACUUCUCAAACUACAAGAAGCCUUAAAGUAUGCGCUACAAUGUGGUUCGGCCAGCAGAGAAGCAGAAGCGUUGGUUGCAAUUGGAAAAAUCCAUGCGACAAAUACAUUAGAAAAGGGACCGGCUCGAAAAGCAUUCACUCGUGCUAAACAAAUUUACGGAGACCUUGGUGAUGUUUUGAAUCGUAAGAAAGCUCGCUAUAUGCUGGCCAAAUUGAAAUCGGACGCGAUAUUUCCAUAUUUUAUGGAUUUGCUAAAGGACAGUCAGGAUAGAUUUUGUGGAUUCUACAAUUUGAGACAGUGGAAAAAUGGUUGCAAAGAAUUUUGGAAAACAAUGGGUGUAGAGGAGUUGAAAAAUGAUAAUAUUUAUUGUCUUUUGGAAGAUGAAAUCAAAGAUACAUUCACCUGGGCAAAUGAUCCAUUCGUUUGAACUCAAGUGAUAUUCCAAAUAUGCUCCUGAUAUUAUAUAUAUAAAAAUUACUUUGAUUUGUCAGUAUAAUAGAA